AUGAAAAAAAAAAUUACAAAUCAUAAAAAAAAAAAUGAGAAUACCAACUUAAAUAUUGAUCACGAUAAUACACUUGAUAAUAAUGAUAUAAUUCCACAAAUAGACAACAUGUUUAAAAACCUUAUUGUAGACAGUUAUAAAAGUAUUAACGAUAUAAACAAAUAUAUGAGAGAAUCCAACUUACAAUAUAAUGAAAAAAAAAAUAAAAAAAAUAAAACACACCCCUUAGAUAGUAAAAAUAAUGCAACUAGGAAAUAUAGUAAAUAUAGAAGAAAUGAACAGAAUAUUAAUAAAGACAUAAAUUAUAAUGAUAUACAAAAUAAUGAUGAUAUUAAAAAAUAUGAUUAUAAAUUAAAAUAUGAUGAAGAUAUUACUUAUGACGACAAAGAAAAUAAUAGUGAUGUUGUCAUAAUAGGAUAUAAGAAUAUAAAAAAAGGAAAAAAGAAAAUAUCUCUUAACAGUUUUGAUAGUGAGCUAAGCCCACAAAGUAAUACAUCUCCUAUAUAUAUAAAAAAAAAAAUUAAUGAAAUUAAUUAUCAUUUCAUACAAAAAAAAAAAAAAAAAAAAAAAAAAAAAAAAAAAAAAAAAAAAAAAAAAAAAAAAAAAAAAAAAAAAAAAAAAAGUGACAUAAAUAUAAAAUAUGCAAAAAAAUUAUCAAUUAAUAAAAAAAAUAAAAAAACUGAAAAAAUUAAAAAAAAUAAUAAAAAUAAUGAAAAUAAUAAAAGAAAUAAAAAGAUUAAAUCAGGUCAUAUAAAUAAUGUUAAGAAAGUCAAAAGAAAUAAAAAAUCCUCGUUAACAGAAAAUCUAAAUGAUUCUCUUUUUAGUAAUGAUGAACAAAUUAAUGCAAAUAAAUAUAUACUCGAUAAAUUAUUAUUUUCUUUGAAGAAUAAUACAGAUACAAAUAUACAUAAAAAGAAAAAUUUUUAUAUUGAAUAUGAAGGUCAUGAUGAUUUUACAAGUUUAAAUAGUAAAGAAAAUUCAAACGAUUACUUAUUAUAUAUGGAUGAUGAUGAAAUAAAUAAUAAUAAGAAUAAAAUAUAUAAUUCAACAUAUAGCACUACCAAAAAAAAAAAUUUAUAUAUGUCACAUAAAGAUAUAUAUGAUAACUACUCUUUUAAUAAUAAUAAUAAUAAUAAAAUCAAUAUAUAUAAUAAACAUUCCAUGUUUAGUAAUUACAAAUAUACAACACAUUGUGAAGAUAAAAUACCACUUCAAAUGACACAUGAAAUAUAUGAACAAGCAAUAAAUAGUCGGAAUUAUUAUAAACAUAAUAAAAUUUUUGAAAAAGAAAGAAUAAAAAGAAAAAUGAAGAAAAUGAAAGAUCUAAACCUUUUAAAAGAUAAUGUAGAAUAUGAUUGUAUUGGUUUUGUUUGUGAUGAAGAAUAUAUGUGUGAAAAAUUACAUUUUGAUGAGAAUCAUGUAGAAAGUCCAGAUCGUAUUAAAUGCAUUAUUAAAGCUUUAAAAGAAAAGAAAUUAAUUAAUAAAAUGGUUCAAAUAAAAUGUAGAGAAGCUUUAUAUGAUGAAAUUAGAGAAUGUCAUUCAAGUACACAUAUUAAUAAUAUUUUUUAUUCAUUAAAAAAAAAAUUAAAACAUAAUAAUCAAAGUGUUAUAUAUCCAUUUGAUAAACAUGAUACAUAUUAUACAUCAUAUACAGGAACUGUUUCUAUUAGAGCUAUCGGCGGUUUACUAAAUUUAUGUGAUGCUAUUUUAUGUGAUAAAAAAGAUAAAUUUAAAUAUAUAGAUUUUAAAAAGUCUUUACGUUAUAAUUAUGAUUUUUAUAAAAAUCUUAAUACUAAUUCGAUAAAAAGAAAUUAUCACUCCAAAAAAAUGUAUCAUGAAAAAUUUUUAAGACGUUCAAAAUCGGAGAGUAGUUUAUAUAGAACAAGUACUAACUACCAUGCGUUUAAUAAUUUAGAUUUAUUUCGUAAUAAUAACAAUGUAUAUAAAAUGAAUAAAUUCAAUGAAAAAAAUCAAAAAAUAAAAAAAAAAAAUAACAAUAAUAAUAAUAGUAAUAGUAAUAUAAAUUGUUCUAUAUAUAAUUAUAAAAAUGAGAUAAACGUGCAAAGUCAUUUACCUAAUAUAAAUAAUGUUAUUAUUAAUGAUAAUAUUAUAUCUGAUGAAAAUAAUUUAGGGGUAGACCCGGAUGAUUGUAAUUAUCAUAAUGAGAAGGAUGAACAUACAAACGAAUCAUCCAAUGAAGAGAAUAAUAUUAAUCAAAAAAAAGAUUGUAUCAACCAUACUAAUAGUAGCAAUAAUUCUUAUUAUAAUGAAAAUGAUCAAAGUGAUAGUAUCCAUAAUAAUAAUAUAAAUAAUGAAUCUGCUAUAGGUAAUAGAUUAAGUAUAUGUGAUAAAUUGAGCAUAUCUAAUAAGUUAAGCAUAUCGAAUAAUAGUAAUCAUGAAGACAUGAUUGUUCCUACUGCUUUGAAGAAAGAUGAAGAAAUUAUAGAUUACCAUAAAAACACAGAUGAAAUAUUAGAAUGUAAUAAUAAAAAUGUAAUCGAAUCAGAAUAUUUAUAUAAAAUAUGUGAGAAGGAUAAUUGUUCAAAUAAUUUUGAAGAGAAUUUUAAAAAUAAUACAUUCUUUAAUAGUAAUAAUUCUGAUAUUUUUAAUUUACCAUAUAGAAGUUAUUCUUCUACUAUUUAUAAUAUGAAUGAUUGUAAUGAUGUUAAUACUUUUACUGAUAUUAAUUGUGGAUUCGCUGCAAUUAGACCUCCUGGUCAUCAUUGUAGUAGGAGCCAUCCUUCAGGUUUUUGCAUUUUUAACAACAUAAGUGUAGCUUGUAAGUAUAUUUUUAAAAAAUAUGGGAUAAGAAAGGUUUUUAUUUUUGAUUGGGAUGUGCAUCAUGAUAAUGGGACUCAAGAAAUAUUUUAUGGCGACAAGGAUGUUCUUUGUUUUUCUAUACAUCGAUUUGAUAAAAAGGUAGAUGAAAAGGUUAAAAAAAAAAAAAAGCGUGCCAAUAAAAAGAGGAAUAAGAGUAAAAAUAAAAAUAUAGAUGGUGAUGAAAUUGAAAAGGAUGAUGAAAAAAAAAAAAAAAAAAAAAAAAAUGACCCUAAGAAGAAUGAUGAUAGUAAGAAAAAUAAUGAUGAUAAAAACCAUAAUGAUGAUAAAAACCAUAGUGAUGAGAAAAAUCAUAAUGAUGAGAAGAACAAUAAUAAUGAGAGCAUCCAUAAUGAUAAUAACAAGAAUAAUAAGAUAAUAUCACAGGGUGAGAAAAGAAUAAAGUUUGAUAAAUCACCUAAUAGUGAUAAAAAGUAUAAAAAAAAAAAUAAGAAAUCUAAAAAAAUAUAUGAAGAAAAUUUAUUUUAUCCUAGAACUGGUGCGAAAAAUGAAUUAGGAGAAAAGGAAGGAUAUAAAUUUAAUAUUAAUGUUCCAUUAGAAAAAGGAUAUAAUAAUUGUGAUGUAUAUUAUGUUUUUAAAUAUUUAUUAUUGCCAAUAUUAGAAAAAUUCAGACCAGAAUUUAUUUUUAUUUCUUGUGGAUUCGAUGCAUCAAUUAAUGAUCCAUUAGGAGAAUGUAACUUAACACAUAAUUUAUAUCAAUGGAUGACUUUUCAAUUAAAACAUUUUGCAAAUAUAUUUUGUAAUGGCAGAAUAAUUUUAGUCUUAGAAGGUGGAUACAAUUUAAAUUAUCUACCUAAAUGCACAAUAGCUUGUAUUAAAGCAUUAAUAAAAAAAAAUAGAAAUACAACUAGAGACAAAGAAUUUAUAAAAAGGUUGCAAUGUAAUAAUGAUAAUAAUAAAGAAAUGAAUAUUUUGAAUGAUCAGAAGGAAUAUAUUUCUAAUGAAGAUUCAUCCAAAAUAUUGUUAAAUGGAAAUGAACAAAAAAAAGAAAAAAAAGAAAAUGAUGAAAAUGAUGAAAAUAAUAAAAACGAAUGUGAUAAUAUGAAUGAUCAUGAAAUUAUCAAUAAUAAUAAUAUUAUGUAUGAUAAAGAUUAUUUAAAUAAUUACAAUUUAGAUAAUAAUACUGAUGAGAGAUUUAAAAAAAAUAAAAAUUAUGAUGAAUCCUUUGUUGGAACAAAUUGUAUUCAAAAUAAUGAAUUUGUGGAUUACCCUAAAAAUAAUUUUAGUAAUAAAAAUAAUAUGAGUGAUCAUGUCAAUUUUUAUAAAUUAAAAUGUUCAUCAUAUGAUAAAUAUAACAAUAAAGAUAUAAAUUAUUAUUUUAGAAAAUUAUAUACAAAUAAUAAUAAUGUAGUUUCACGAACUAAAGAAUUAAUUACAAGUGGGUUGUUACAUUAUUCUACUUAUAAAGUUAUUAAAUAUUUUUUAAACGUAUUAAAAGGAGAACCAUACCAUUUAGAUAUAGAAUUACCAACAUAUAAUGAAUUUAUUAAAAAAAAAAAAUUGGAAGGUAGAGAAAUCAAUCCAGAAAGAAAAAUUAAAAUUAAAAUUAAUAAAUCAUCACAAGUUAUUAAAAAUAAUCAUUAUUUUAAUAGUAAUGAAAUUAUGAAUUCAUAUAUGCAAAAUAAAUUAAACAAAUUAAAACACAUAAAUAAUAAUAUAUCUAAUAUGAAUAUACAUGAUAUGUUUAUUAAAAAAAAAAGUUUUAAAUAUACAGAUUCUUCAACUACUAUUUCUAAUAUGUCACAAAGUGAUUUAUAUUUAUCAAAUGAUGAUAUUAAUUAUAGUAGUUCUUGUAGUAGUACUUGUAAUCGUCGAAAGGUCAUUUUAUUAAAUAAAUUAAAACUCAAAAUAAAUCGUGGUUUGAAUAAUAUAUAUAAUAAUAAUAAUAAUUCAUCUAAUAAUAAUCUAUUGCACACAGAAAAAAAAAAAAAAAAAAAUUAUAUAUAUAAAAAAAAAAAAAAACAAAUAAAUGAUAUUAUAAAUAUUAAUGGUGAACUACAAAUGAAAGGGUCAAAAAGGAAUACAAAACAAAAAAAUGAAAAUAAUAAAAUAUAUCAAAAUGAUAAAAUAUAUCAAAAUGAUAAUAUAUGUCAAAAUGAUAAAAUAUAUCAAAAUGAUAAAUUAUGUCAAAAUGAUAAAAUAUGUCAAAAUGAUAAUUUGAAUUCUAAUAAAAAUAAAUCCAAAAGAAAAAUUAAAACUAAUCAAAAUAAACUAUUCAGUGCUAAUUUAUUAAACCAUAAAAAUAAAAACAACAUUAAUAAUACACAUAAACGACAUUCUCAUUUAACACAUAUUAAUGAUGAUAAUCAUGUAGAGGGUCCUAAUUCUUCAAAUGAAAAUCAUAUAAAUAAUUAUUAUAUGAACUGCGAUUUAACCAAUCUAAAAUAUAAUGAAAAUCAAGUAUUAAAUACCUUUAAUAUGUAUACCAAAAUAAAAAAAGGUUUUAUAUUUUUUUAUGGAAGUGGUCAUAGAAAUCAAUGGAUUUUACCUGUACAUAAUAAAAUUACCAAAAUAAUUAAAUUGUGUUCAGAAUCUGAAGCUUUCUUUUAUGCUUGGCUAUAUCUUAGUUGCUUAAAAGAAAUAAAUAUUUCAAGAACAAAGAACAAUUAUACUUUCAUCUUAGAUAAUAAGGAAACUAUAGAAAAUGUUUCUAUUCAACUUCCUUUUGAUGAACGUGAACAUAUUCUAUGUAAACAAUUUAUUAAAUUCACAGUGCCUUGUUAUCAUAUAUUUUUAAAGCGAAAUCAAAUUAAUAGUAUUAGUCAAAAAGAAAAUAAGGAAAUUAAUGAUGAUAAUAGUACUCCUAAGAUUAGUAAUAAUACAUUUAUGGAUUAUAUGAAAAAGACAUAUAUUGAAUGGUCUGCAUCCAAAAUUUUUAAAAAUAAGGAAUCGACAGAAUAUAAUGAUACAAAUAAUGCUGGGAAUAAUAUGAUAUAUAAAAUAUCAUCGAAUGAAAAAAGUAAUAUGUUAAAAAAUGAUGAUUCUUUAUAUCCAUUAGAUAUAAACACAAAUAUUCAAGAAGAAGCACAAGUUGAAGAAGAGGAAGAGCAUAAAACUGCUAUAUGUCUAAGUAAUGUUUUAAGUUCGAUGAGACAUCCUUGUGUUAUGGAUAUUAAAAUGGGAAUUAGAUUAUAUGGUGAUGAUUGUAAUGAAGAAUCUAUACAAAAGAAAAUUGAGAAAGCAAAAAAUCGAUCAUGUUUAUCACAUGGUUUUCAUUUAACUAGUUUAAUAGGAUGGUCAAAAAAAAAGAAAGAACCAUUUUUUAUAUCGAAAGAAGAUGCACAUUCUAUAAAAGAUGACGAAAAUUUCGUACAAGCAUUUAUAUCUUAUUUUACUGCAUGUGAUAAUAUACAUUUAUCUAUAUUAUUAAUAAAAAAAAUACUUAUCAUAUUAGAAGAAAUGAAAAUUUUUUUUGUGGAACAAAAUUAUUUUGCAUUUUAUGGAACAAGUCUUUUAUUUGUAUUUGAUUCAGAUCCUUCAAAAAAAGAAAAUGAAGAUAAUUUUUCAUCAAAAGAUAAAAUAGAAAAAAAAAAUCUACAAACAAGCAAUGUAAUUAUGUCAAAUGAUAAUAUUAACUCAAAUGAUGAACAGAAUAAUUCUUUUUAUUAUAAAGAUAAAAAAAAUAAAUUAUGUGAUCAAGAUAAAAUUAAUUUUGAAGAAAUAUUAAACUUUAAAUUAAAAAUUGAAAAAGUAUUUUAUGAAUCUUUAUCAAAUCAAGAAAGAAAUGUAAUCAUACAAAAUAAAUUAAAUCAAAAAAUUCUUAAAAGUGUUCAUGUAUAUAUAAUUGAUUUUGCUCAUGCAAGUUUAAAUAAAAAUCAGAGUGAUGAAGGAUUCUUAUUGGGCAUUACAUCACUACAACGUGUAAUGGAUAAAACAAUAAAGCUAAUAAAAGAAUUGUAUAUUUCUGAUACGGAUAUAAUAAAUGAUACUAUAUAA